CUGGUAUGGUGACUCAGUUCUGUUCCUCCAGUCCAGAGUCCUGAGAAGGGAAAAAACCCGGGCUCACUCGGGGAGAGGGGGGCGGAGUGGCACGGUGAGACCUGCUAACUCCCGCGGCUCGCACAGACGCUGCGCUUUCUGUAAGGCUUAACGGCUGUGAUGCAGCAUCCCCGGCUCACCCGAAGGACUUCCCGGGCCUCUCCGUGGCAGAGGAGCCACUGGCUAACGCCAGCUCGCGGAGGCCGGCCGCCUUGCAGGUCACAUGCAGGCGAGGUGCCGGAGGGCGCCGGGCUCCGCGAGGGCAGGGGGCCCGCCCGAUGCGCUCGCCCGCCCGCGUCUCCGCUGCGCUCGCAGCCGGGCCAGGCAGGGGGCACAGACGCGGGGGCCGUGCAACGGGCGACCGGGCCUCGGACAGGGUGGCGGGGACCGGACAAUGCGUCGGGGAAGCCCAGUUCGCCUCCCGCCCAGUUUGGCGUAGUGUGCGGGUCUCCCAUCUCCAAAAGCGAGGGGAAAAGCCCAAUUUUAUGUGAACUCUGCUAUUUUUUAAAGUUGCGAACUAAUCCGAACUUCGGCCGGCGUGGGCCAACCAGGGCAGGCGGCCUGGCGCCGGGUCCGGGCUGCGGAGCAGCCCUGGGCUCCCCCCCGCGGCGGCCUCGGCCCGACCCGGGGCGCGGGGCGCGAGCGGCGACCACGGGCGCCCCGAGCCCGCGCCUCCCGCUCCGGGCUCGCGGGGCCGCCUCCGCCUCACUGCGCCUGCGCCGGGACCGAGCCACCGCCCGGCGGGGGAGCGCGGCGCGAGCACCCCCCGCCCCCGGCAGUGGAGCUGCCCGUUGCCAUGGAGACGCCCGUCCAAACCGCGCCGCCAGCCGCCGAGGAGCCGACCCCGCGCGGAUCAGCCCGGAGCUAAUUUCUGCCCUCAAGAUGGAAGAAGAUGCUAGCCUAUUCCCUGAAGGGGAGCUUUUGGACGGCGUCCCACUCGUGGAAGGUGAAAAAGACAAACUAGACGAUGCAGAGUUUGAGGUGGAACCUCUUCCUCUGGAGGCUGAGGGCCGAGCCAACUUGGGAUGCCACAGUCCACAGAAAGAGCGGAUCGCUGAUGCUGAGGGAAGGAAGAAGAAAGCCACCGUCCAAGAGAGAAUGGAGGCACUGUACCUGCGGAAGAACUUGAGCCACCUGGAUAAGCUGCACGAGGAAAAGGAUCUUUUCAUUCAGAAAACGAGAGAGGAGCUGCGUGCUUGCCGCCAGAGGAUGGAUCUCAUCACCAAACAGCAGGAGAGCAUGGCGGCCAAGGUGGCUGCCGAGAGAGAGGCCAACAACACUGCAGCCGUGGGCCGCCUCCAGGCAGCGUCCAGACGCCUGAGCAUGGAGCUGGAGAGCGAGAGAGCCCAGCAGCAGAAAACCCAGGCCACGCUGAAGGAGAGCGAGAACGCCAUGUGGCACCUUGAGAUCCGGGAGGGGCAGCUUGAGGACGUCCGCAGGGCUGCCCAAGAAGAGGCGGCGGCUGUCAGGAGGCACCUCCAAGUGCAGGCAGCCGAGCAGCUCCGCAAGGAGAAGGAGACCCUGAGGACAGUGGAGAGGAGCCGGCUACUGAGGGUCAGGAAGUCCGCGUACCUCCAGAAGGAGCACGGGCUCAGGCACCAGAAGCUCGUGGAGGACGCCCAGAAGAACCACAGGGUCGCUGUGAAGUUCCUCAAGGCCUCCCUGGGAAGGAUCCGCGAGCGAGAGAGGAAGGAGGAGCUGGAGUCCCGCGAGCAGAUGCAGAGGCGCAUGGAUGCCGUGCUGGCCCUGAAGAACAGCAUCACCGCGAACCGGGAGACACUCCGGAAAUUUCAAGUGCGGGGCCAGGCCAGGGCAGAGCUGGCUGAGCAGAAAGCCCAGGCCGAGAAGGGGGCGAUUCUGGCCCAAGGUGGGGAUGCUUUUAAGCACCUUUUCCAUCAACGCCGGCGCCAGGAGCUGGAGGCCCAGAAACGUGCCUUUGAGGAGGAGCAGAAGCUCAGAAAGCAGGAGAUUGUGCGUCGCAUUUUGAAAGAAGAGGCUGAGGAGGAAGACAGGAGGAAGAAACGGCACCCCCCAACCAAGCCCAAGGGCCGGCGGACUGUGAGGGACAGGACGUGGGGCUACAUCUCCGACUUCUGCGAAGGGAAGAGCGCAGCUGUGACCCCCUGCCGCCCGCUGGUACACCAGACGCCCCCAGUCCACAGUCUCGCCCUCCCGAGGGGCACACAGAGGACCCCAAGGCCUGGCCAGGAAAAUGACACUUUUGCACACCCCAAAACCCCUUGGUUAGUGGAAGCCAUCUCCAGUGACUCCGUCCAGGUGGACCCUGGGAACGUCAACUGGGAGGAUGAAACACUGGCUGAGCCAGAAAUCUCCGGACUGUGGAAUGAAGACUAUAAGCCAUACCAGGUGCCCAAAGAGGAUGUGGACCGGAAGCCUGUGGGCGGGACAAAGAUGGACAAGGACAUCCUGGCCCGCACCAUGGAGCAGCUGCGCGGUACGGUGAUCCACAAGCAGGUGGUAUCUGGGCGUGAGUUCAAAGGGCGGCCCUUCAACAGCAAACCCAAGCUCAUCCACUUCAAGGACUUUGAUAUUGGCAAAGUAUACAAAAAAAAGAUCACACUGAUCAACGCCACCUACACAAUUAACUACUGCAAGCUGGUGGGCGUGUCGGAGCAGCUCAAAGACUUCAUCCACGUCGACUUUGACCCCCCUGGUCCCAUGUCAGCUGGGAUGUCCUGCGAAGUGCUUGUCACCUUCAAGCCCAUGACAAACAAAGAUCUGGAAGGAGAUGUCUCGUUUCUGGCUCAGACGGGCGAAUUUUCUGUUCCACUGAAGUGUUCAACAAAGAAAUGUUCCCUGUCCCUCGACAAGGAGCUCGUCGACUUCGGCAGCUACGUGGUAGGCGAGACUGCAUCCCGGAUCAUCACACUGACCAACGCCGGGGGCUUGGGCACCAGAUUCAAGUUUCUUCUGGCCUCUGAGUCCUGUGAGAUGGACAUCUCCCAGUCGGUCCUGAAAAUAAGCAGUGUCUUUACAUAUGAAGAUAAAAGUUUUUAUGAAAAAGUCACCACCAGUUUUUCUGAGCAGCACGUGGAGGGCAAUGAGUCCUCUCCCAUUGAGGAGACAAGCCAGAAGGAGUCUGGAAAGCUGGACAGCAAGGAGCAGGAGGAGGGGCGCCCUGCAGACUCAGAGGGAGUGACCAUGACCACCAUCGUGAAUAUACCUCCCAGUGAGGAGCAGAUGGAGAUCUCGCUGGGAGAGAUAAGAGAGGGUGAGAUUGGCCCCUUCAGCUCCAUCAAAGUGCCCGUCAUCUUCACCCCGGUCAUCCCGGGAGCCGUCCACACCAGGUUCAAGGUCGUGUUUAAGAAUCCGCAGUGCCCGACGUUAUGUUUCAGGGUUAUUGGCGUUGCCAUCGACGUGCCAGUCUGGGUGCCAAAGCCCAACGUGGACCUGAAGAUAUGCAUGUACGACCGGCUCUAUCAGGAUUCUGUCCUUGUCCACACACGGUCGAAAGCAGCCCUACGCCUGAAGUUCGAGGUGUGCAAGGAGCUGAGGGGCCACUUGGAGCUCCUGCCUGAGAUGGGCUACAUCCAGGCCCUGUCGUCCUACUCGGUGCAGCUCAAGUUCCUGCCGCGACACUCCCUCCCGGAAGACGCAGGGAAGUAUUUCGACAAGGAAAGCAGAGUGCUGGAGGCCCCGAUGACGAUACGGGUGGCUGACCAGACCAAACCCGUGGGGUUUACCGUCCACGCCAUAGUCACCACCUCAGACCUGGAGCUCAGCCCCUCGGAGGUGGACUUUGGCUACUGCACUAUCUACGAGGCCAUCAGGACCCAAGUCAGCCUCUGCAACCACUCCCUCCUGCCUCAGGAGUUUGGGUUCGUCGGGCUCCCCAAGUUUGUGGACAUCCAGCCCAACGACGGGUUUGGGACAAUCCUGCCACUGGAAACUCUGCAGCUCGAUGUGGUCUUUCAGCCCACCAAGGCCAGGGACUACAACUUCGAGCUCGUCUGCAAGUCAGAGAUCAACCGGUGCUUCAAGCUGACGUGCCGGGCCAUGGGUGUGCACCCGCCCCUGGAGCUGUCCCACUACCAGAUCAAGUUUGCGGCCACCUCCUUGUACGACACAUCCGUGGCCACCCUGUACGUCAUCAACUCUCACGUGAGCGUCAAUGCGCUGAUCCACUCUGUGCCCCGUGUCGGCUCGGAGGAGGCCUGCCCCGUGGGGCCCACAUCUUUCGAGUUCCUGCUGUCCCCGGACUUGCCCAUCACCAUCUCACCCUCCGUGGGAACGGUGUGUCCAGGAAAGAGGUGCCUGGUCCAGGUGGCCUUCCGGCCAGUGCUGCCCAGCGAGCUGAUCCAGCAGGAAGCCUUCCAGGCCCUGACCAAAGAAACCGAGGGCAAACUGUCCCACAAGGACAUGGCCCCCCAGAGGAAGGACCUGCAGAGACAGUCCGUCUCCACGCUGCGACUGCAGAACCGAGACCGGCUGUUCCGGGCCUCCAGCAACCAGCCUCCAGAGCAGCAGAAGCAGGACCUUAGGUGCAGCUCUCACGAGGACGAGGUUGCCCGGGCCACCCUGGUCAGAUCUUUCCCGGGGAAGUUCAACAAGUUUGUGAUCCCUUGUGUCGUUGCCAGUGGCGACAUCCAAGACCGGAAGGGGAUGGAACCCCUGAGCUUCAGUCCCCACAACACCCUGUACCUGGAGCUGUGGUGUCCAGCGGUGGCACCGUCCAUCGUAGUGACGUCCAACAAAGGCACGACCAUCUCCAACUUUGGCCACAUCGCUGUAGGACACUGCGGCGUAAAGAAGGUCUCCAUUCAGAACAUCUCCCCUGAGGAUCUGGCCCUGGAGUUCUCCAUGCUGAACCCCAACGGCCCCUUUGUCCUGCUGAACCCUAUCCGCAAGCUGCUGGCUGGUGAGACCCAGGUCCUGGCGCUGUCCUUCUCUCCCCGCGAGAGCGUCCUGGCCCAGGAAGCGCUGGACAUCAUCACCAAGAGAGGCACGCUCUCCUUGACCCUCGUGGGGACCGGCGUGGCAUCCAUGAUCACGUGCUCCAUUGAAGGGGAUGUCCUCAACAUGGGCUACGUGAUUGCCAGGGAGUCUGUCUCCUCGGGAUUCAAGCUGCAGAACAACUGCUCACUGCCCAUCAGGUUCUCCCUGCAGCUGGACAGCCUCUCCAGCACGAGGGCCAAAGCCCGGCAGCAGCUGCCACAGUUCCUCACCUCACGGGCCAAGAGGGCAGAGGUCGUGGGCGUGCAGAACCACAGCGGCCAGAGUGUGUUCAGCGUGGUCCCGGUCGAGGGCGUCCUGGAGGCGGGCGGGGCACAGGACUUCACCGUGACCUUCAGCCCGGAUCACGAGAGCCUGUACUUCUCUGACCGACUACAGGUCGUGCUCUUGGAGAAGAAAAUCUCCCGCCAGAUCCUCCUGAAGGGCGCAGCGCGUGAGCACAUGAUGUUCGUGGAGGGCGGAGACCCCCUUGAUGUGCCUGUGGAGUCCCUGACUGUGAUCCCUGCCUUGGACUCCGAGCACAGAGAGGAAGCGGAGGAACUGAAGCCCAUCCUGGUGACCCUGGAAUACCUCCAGCUGGACGUGGACAUGCCAGCCCCACCUGCCACCCGAGAGCUGCACGUGGGCUGCAUCCGGACCACCCAGCUGUCCCCAAAGAAGACUGUCGAGUUCAGCUUGGAUAGCAUCACGUCCCUGCAGCACAAGGGCUUCACCAUCGAGCCCUCCAGGGGCUUCGUGGAACGCGGCCAGACCAAGACCAUCAGCAUCUCCUGGAUGCCACCUGCCGACUUUGAUCCGGACCACCCACUCAUGGCAUCAGCCCUGCUGCAGCUCAGGGGGGACGUGAAGGAGCUCUACAAGGUCCUCUUUGUAGCCCAGGUGGUGAGCAGCCCCGGAGGCCACAGGAGUCUUUCCACGUAGCCCCCGCAGACCCUCCCGCCCAUCCUUGCAGCCCUCCCCUAGUCUAAGACCAGGCCGAUCCAUCCGGGACCUGGGACCUGCACAUCCCCUGCUGAGCAGGUUCGAAUGGGCAGCCCUCUGCACGGCCCCAUGGCCAGGGCACCCCAGCCCCAAGGCGUGGCCACUUCCUGCUGCCCUGGACCCGGUGAGCCAGGGGCCACGAGCACCCCCUCCCUGGCCCCCACGCUCAGAACCAGCAAUUAGGCCAAUCCUGCCUACAACCUACUCCUAACAUGAGCCCCUCAGAGCCCCCAGCCCCACCGGCACCUGCCCAGCCUUUAGAGGCCUCAGUGGGGGGAAGAGCUGCCCCACGGGUCUGCCAAUAAACCCUCUGCAAGCUGCUGCAUACAGGCCUGCAGUGCAGGCAACAGCGAGUCAUUUGCUGGGGCGAGCACAGAAUGAGAGGUGGGGACAGAGCCCUGGGGAGGCAGCCCCCUGUCUCCCACCCACACACACACGAAUCAGUCCAUAAAACAAUGAACUCUGCCUGGGAGACUAAGGAGGGGCUUCCUGGAGCACUGGGGGAACAGCUGGCAGGCCAGGGUGCGGGGGGUGCAGGGCUGGACUUGAAACGCCCAGACCCGGAGAGGCCCAGCAAGGAGGGAGACUGGGGCAGGAGGCUCCAGAGGCCGGGGCACCCUUCAGGCCUCCUUGUUCCUCCCAAGUUUAGGAUCCCUGCUGUCCCCAAGAAAGGAGCGAGCCAAUGUCAGGGACACACCCUCACUCAUGUCCUCCCUCAGAGCGUGGCCCGGUCCAGGGUGAGGCCCCAGUGCAUGAGUCUGGUUUCCCACUUUUCUGAACUGAGUCCAGGCUCGGCCUUCUGGGCCCCAACCAGCCCUGCAAGGUAGAAGCCCCCCCAGCCUGUGAGACAGUCCUGGGAGCUCAGAAUGGUGUCCGCACCCCAGCCCCUACCUUGUAGAUAGUGGCUGGUUGGACACUGUCCCCACAGAGCCCACCCCCCAGGAGAACAUGCGCAGCCCGCCCCGGCAGGGGUGGAGGGCACAGUGCAUCCGGGGCCUUUCCUGAGCACUGGCUUCAGGACACCAACCUGGAGCCACCUGUCCUCACCCCAGCUCCUCGUUGCCCUUGGUGCCUGGAAGCUGCUAUCUCCCUCACCUCGAGCUGGUGACAGCGACCCUAGAGCGGCAUUUUGUAGGACUUCUGUCUGGUGGGCAGAACCAGGUCCCUUCCUACCGCUCACUGGGGCUGACCAGUCAUAGGCCAAGCCUCCUCCUCACCAGGUGAGAGGGGAAGGCAGGACCCAGCAGACCAGGCUCAGCCCCCAGGAGGUGGUGCUCCCUGCAGGGCAUUGUCCGUGCCGGGCAGGAGAGGCAGGCCACUCUCUUCUAAACCCUGGCCUGGCUCUCCUGCUAGUAGGCACUGGUACUCACUGGCUAAGGCCCUGCCUGGACUCCUGCACCCUGGCUGGACUUCUGCCCAUCUCCUCCCUCCGGCCCUCGAGCUGGGUCCCAAGGCAGUCAAGGCAGGAGAGAGGAGGAAGGAUGGCCAGGAGCCAAGUAUGGCCGGCCUGGCUGGAGCAGGGUGGGCACAGCCCAGAGGUGCAGGACAGAGUCUGGCUGAAAGCAAGGAGCAAGUGCCUCACAGAUCCAGGAAGGAGAGAGCCAAGCUAAGGAGGCUCUGCCCUCAACAGGGUGGGGUCACUUCCCUUCCAGAGGGGGAGACAAUGUAGGGGUCGACUGUCCUGAGUGCAAGGAAGAAAGACAGGACAGGGGCCAUCUGGUGGCAUAGUGGUUAAGUUUGCGCACUCUGCUUCAGUGGCCCGGGGUUUGCCGGUGUGGAUCCCAGGCACAGACCUACACAUCGUUCAAGCCAUGCUGUGGCUGCAUCCCACAUACAAAAUAGAGGAAGGCUGGCACAGAUGUUAGCUGAAGGACAAUCUUCCUCACCAAAAGAAGAAGGAAAGAAUGCAAAGACAGGACAGAGGUGGCUGAUCCUCCCACCCUCCCGGGACAAAGCAGACCACUCUGCACCUUGCCGUACUGACUGCCUCCCUUAGCCUGCCCACCAGAUGAUGGAGCAGAGGCCAGAAGGAACCUAACAGGAUGCCUAGCCUGGUGGGAGGAGGGGAGAGGGCCAGGAGGGCCUCCUGGAAGAAAUGGUCCCCAGCUUCCUGGGCAGCAUGGACAGCAGGCACUCCAGGCAGAGGGAAUGGCGCUGAGCGAUCUGUGCCCCCAGGCCCAGAGGCCACCUCCCCCAGGCUGAGCGUGGCUUUCAAGGCGAAGCCCUCCUGGAAAUGGUGUGCUCCCAGGGUGCCUGGAGGGCCCAGAGCCGAGCUCGGAAUCCCAAGUUCCGGUGGGCCAGGCCAACCGGGGAGCGCCUGCUGCGUGCGUGCAUAAUAAAUGUCCUCGAACGACGCGCUUGACCCCAGCGUCCCCACUGUUACAGCCUUUUCCUUUGGGCGCCGCGGUGUGUGCGAGGUUUGGUCACAUUUGUCCUGGCUGCCACCCUCCGAGGCCACAACGUUCCAGGGGGCGCCGCGAUCCACCCCGAGCACGACUGCAGACAGGCCUGGGUCUGCCGAGCUGGAGCUCCGCGCUCGGGCCGAGACCGAAACUGCCCUCCACUGGCGACCCCAGGCUCGGCGACGCGGAGGCGCGGGCCUGGCGGGCGGG